AUGGGUCGCGAACUCCAAAAGAAGAAGAACAGAUCUGGAAAUGCUAAGAUCAAGCUCAAGCCAAAGUCCAAACGUGUGAAUCCUUUAGGCAAUGCAAUUAUUGCUGCAAACUGGAGACAAGAAGAAACCCUAACACAGAAUUAUCGUCGUCUCGGUUUAACCAGUCGUCUCAAUACUGUUACCGGUGGUAUCGAAAAGAAGAAAGCAGGACCCGAAUCAAAAACCUCUACCGCUAAUAAACUCGCCAUCUCAAAUACAAUUCCUAAAAGCCUUGCACCAACCGAGGCGCGAGUCGAAAGGGAUCCUGAGACCGGAAAGAUUAUAAGAGUUAUUCAUGAUGAAAAGAAAACAAAUCCAUUGAACGAUCCCUUGGAUUCGGAGGCUGAGGAUGGAGAAGGAGAAGGAUUUGAAGGGUUCGGUGACGAGGAGGGUUCAGCAUCAAAAAAUGAGAUUGUGAAAAUGUUGGAGGAGCAAGCUUCAAGAGCGGGAGAGAAAAGAGAGAGACAACAAAGUGAGAGGGAGAAGGAAUGGAUUGAGAGGUUGGUUAAGAGAUGGGGGGAGAACUACGGAGCCAUGGUUAGGGAUAGGAGGUUGAAUCCUAUGCAACAAACCGAAUCGGACAUUAAAAGACGCGUUCAAAAGUGGAAGGAUGCCGGUGGUUCUGUUACUACUGAAGCGUAA